GUGAUACGCAACAAAACACAGUCGCACUUUUCACUACGCGCAGGUGUAGCAUUCUCCUCUGGUCUCCGCUCCCCGCGGGCCAUCCAUGAAAAAAGGCGCUGCUGAUCUGAUGGUCAACAUUUUUCAUUCAUUAACAUAUGUGACCUCUUCGCAGUGGAAAGGCAAUUUUGUGUGCAAAGUGAAUUGUCAAAAUCUUAAAUAAUAAUUAUUGAAGAAAAAAUGUGACUGCUGGUCGAUUUCGGCACAGGAUAUGGACUUCUCGAGUGUGUUGUCCAGCGUUUUCGGUGGGGAGUGUCCGAUCAAAACGGAUUCCAGAGAGGAUGACGAUUCCUCCACUUUGUUGUCGGGGUAUCUGGUGGAAAUCGGAUCAUGGUUGGAAGAAAAGCUACAGAGUCAUCCCUUCCCGGAAGAUAGCAGUGAUUUGGAUACGGCCAUAGCGGGACGACUGGGUCCCAGGCGAACCGUAUUCGAUGCCACGGAUGAUGGGUCCAUUUUGGUGUCCAAGGACAAGUUGACCCUGCAGUCACAGAAUGCCUUUUCAACGGUGAAGGCCAACUGCUGCGUUUACUCCGGACGGUGGAUGUACGAGGUCCAACUUCGGUCCAAAGGUGUGAUGCAAAUUGGAUGGUGUUCGGCGCAUUGUAAGUUUACACAGGAUACGGGCGUUGGAGACACUCGAUACAGCUAUGGCCUAGACGGAAGCAAACAACGAAUAUGGCACGUUUACACACAGAAGUAUGGCCCAUUUUGGAGAUCCGGUGACGUGUUUGGUGUGUGCGUAGACAUGGAUGAAGGGCGAAUAGAAUACUAUAGGAAUGGCGCUGCGUUGGGAGAGGCGUUCAAGGAUAUUGAAAGAGGACCGGGAUUGGCCUUGUACCCAGCCGUUUCGCUAGCCUUCAAUGAUAGUCUUACUGCCAACUUCGGUGGAUCUCCAUUGAAGCAUCCUGUCGAAGGGUAUCGAUGUCUACAAGAUGCCCCAAAUAUCCUUCUGUACCAGGCAGAAUGUCUUCUCAAGUAUAUCGUGAAUCUCUCAGGUGCAAUUUCUCGCCACACUCGCAGCGAUCAAGACUCUCCCACAAUUGACAACGCAUUCCCCUCGUUCGAAUCCAUCUACAUGCUGAUCGCAUCCAUGUUGAUCGAGAAAAUUGCCCCUUUACUGGCCAGUUCUUACGUAGUGGAAGACAAAGUGUUCAAAUACAUGAAAGGAAUGUGUGUACUACGAAGUAACACUAUGAAUGAAUCCCCAAUCCAGCCAGGAUCUCCGGAAAGCACCUUGGGAACUUUCCUCACCCUGCUGUGGACCUAUUUGGAACCGGAAGAAAUGAAACUGUUCUUGAAAAAAAUGCUCAACUUCCUGGCCAACACGUACAAGGAAACACCCGUUGAUUUAGACUACGAAAAACAACGAAAGAUCAUCGUCAUUCUAACGUGCAUCUGCCAGCACCCACAAACGCGAAAGUAUCUUCUGGAGUAUAAGUUCUUCAAGAAAAACUGCCUACCGCUGUUUCUGUACACGAAACCACCGGAUGAAUCGACGCUGGAGCAACUGCUGCCAGAUGAAGCCAUCUGGACGGAGGGUUUAGGGGGCUCCAAGCAGGUUUACCUGCUGGCUUGCGAGAAGCUUAAGGCGCACACCGGCGUACUUUACACGCUGCAGAAGAACCUGAUACACAUCUUGCUCAACAACCGAGACGGCGAGGAAGGCUGCUCGCCUUCGAGUCGGAUGAUUUUCAUGGCCAAGCUGAGGAAGUUUGUGAUGGACAAUAAUGCGGAAAUGAGGGGCUUGUAUACGUCUUCAACCCAACCGGCGAUUGGCCUUUCAUUCCUUUGCACCUUGCUGGAUGUGGCCCGUACGCUCUGGAAUGAAGAAGUGUCAACUGCGACGACUUCGUCCACUUCGUCUCAGUAUCCAUUUAUAGAUUACCGUUACUUCUACGAUGGUACUUUCAAAUACACCAACAUCGAUCGCAUUGGAGGUGUUCUAUCUUACUUGAAGAAACAUUUUCGACAGCAGUUGGUCGAGAAACUUGGCGAAGACCACGCUAGUCUGGCAGCAGUCGAUCAGCAAUCUGAUUUGAGAAAUGAAAUAGCUGCCUUCAACGUGUUCUUGGACUCGGCCAUUUUCCUGGUAUCUGGAGGUCCCAACUCUACAUAUUCGUUUAUAUCUAGAGCGGCGUCCAACACUGGAGCCGAGUUACAUCACCAGGAAGGGGACCCGUCGCUUGGGCCGAGUCGACCCGGGGGCAGCGGUGGACCCAUCAAAGCCGGCAACAUGGACGAACGGCAGUCGAUCUGCGAACUGCUGGAUUGCGCAGUAAUUUUCUACUACUCGGUAGCGCACAAAUACGUCGUCAUGAUUGCCGACCUGCGGGACAACAUUUGCCAUCUGUCGGAUAUUCUGCUGGAAACGAAAACCAACUGUGACGAUGUGGUGCACAAUUUGGAGGAGCUGAAGCGCUCGAGUACGGUUGGGUUCAGCAAGGCGCACGAAGAGCUAAUGCAAGAGCUAGACACCCGCUUCGGUCAGCGGAAAAGCAUAUUCGCGAAACGAUCCAUGGAACUGGCUCGCAAGCAAGCGUGGUACCGUUCUGUGGCACUAGGGUCGCAUCGCAGGUCAUUGCUCUGCUGGCUGAUGGGCAUCGUGUUCGAAACAUUGCGACGCUUCAGCGACGAAGAUGUUCUGUUCUCUUUCUUGCCGGAAACAUACAUCAACGUGAUUCCGGUACUGUUGGACACGAUUUUGGAUUUCAGUUAUCACGACACCGGUAUGCAGCAUGACCUGUCAGCAGAUGGAGAACUCAUCAAUUUGGGGGCCAAUUUCCUUGCCUUGCAUCUUGCGGACACGCGAGUCAUCCUCGCUUCUUGUAAGGACGCUCUUAUCCAAGCGUUAGGGUCACUCACUUGCCAUCAGGCAGGAAUCUAUGCAUUAGAGCAAGCAUCACCGAGGAGCCAGCAAGCUUUCGUGCGAGCACUUCUGCGACCUUACGAGAAUCGAGCUUGGGGCCAGAGUAAUUGGCUGCUCCUGCGCUUCUGGCUAGGAGACGGAUUUGGAUACAGAGAAUCUCGUCCACCGUGUGUCUGGCAAGGUGGCAAACAAGCCGGACGAUCCCUUGGCCUCUACCGAAGUCGGGCUAAGAACGGGUCCCACACCGGAUUGCUUCAUCUAGUUGCGCCAGCUUGCCCCUCGAAGCACUUUCAACAAAUGAUCAGUGAGAUACUGAGCAAAGACGAACCUUACUGUACAACUUUCCUGAACUCGGUGCUGUCUCAGCUGAAUUGGGCCUUUUCAGAGUUUAUCCACAUUCUGCAAGAUAUACAAAAUGUGUCGCAACGGGAUGAGCAGCAGGUGAUCGAAACAAAACAGCUAAAGAUUUGCUCAAUGUGCUUCGAGCUGACCGUUUCGUUGAUGCGAGCCCUCGAGAUGAUCCUGACGAUAACGCCGGGACUGUUGCAGGACGCAUCGAGAGCGAACAGUGAAAUUAUUCUCGGUAGAAUCUGCCAGCUUGCUAUCCAAGUUCUAUCCCGGGUGACGGUUCCCCCUGGUUGCUUCCAACACGUGAUGGAUCUCUGCUUGCCGGACUUAAGCAACGUAACUCAUUUUGCCAUCAUCAGUGCUGCCAUCGGAAUUCUGUUAGCGCUGAUGAAAAACGAACUGAUUGAAGACGAUAGCAACACUGCCAGUGUCAGCAGCACAAGCACCAUCGGUACCAGCAAUGGCAACGUUGUCGAAAUCUCGAAGAUUCCUCGUAUUUCCAAGCACCUUCUGACUGAUACCAGUUUUCACAUAACUAGUUUGGAGUUUGCCUUGGGAGAAAUCAAAACCCCGAUUGCGGCCAGCAGUCAGCAAGCACCGAGGGGUAACUUCGAUCCGAAGAUGAGGGCGCAUAUCGAUCCUCUGACGAAUGAGGUUCGAGUACCGUCACCAUUCCGGGCGAUUAUUGGCGUAAAAGAGAUCGUACCGGAUCCACCGAUCAUCAAGUUCAAUAUGGCGGAUUAUCCGAAUCAUGUCACCAAAGAGGAGCUGAACAAAGUUCGUCGUCUCAUAGAAAUUCUGCAGUUGCGACAAACUCUUCUCUCGGAAAUUACGGUGCUUUCGGAGGAUUCACUUUGCCCUAUCUGCUAUGCCAAACAGAACUCAGCCGUAUUUGAUCCUUGCCAGCAUCAGUCUUGCGAGAACUGCAUCAUCCAACAUUUGAUGAACAACAAGCAGUGCUUCUACUGCAAACUGUCCAUUGCGAAAGUGGUACGUGCAGAUGGAGCUGUGAUCUACGAGAAUAGCCUCCCGCUCAAGUUAUCCUCAACGGUAGUUGGAUCAUCUCAAACAGACGAUGUAUCACAGGCAGUCGAUGAAGGCGAUGGACCCAGUGGUCUUUAGAAUCAACAUUUCAGUCAAACUUCUUCGCUUCUGCUUCAUGAAUACGCUCAAGCAUUGAAAUCCCUUUCGCAUGAAUCUAGUCACAAUCACGAGUAACUAAGCACGCCAAAUUGCAAGUAUCUCGUAUUGCUAACAGAAGGUGAUAUUACAUAACUAUCUCGAAAAGACAUUUUUACAUCACAUUAUUAUAUUUAUGCUUUUGCUUACGAUUUUGCUCAGGAGAUAGCAACACUAAAAUUAAUCAAGUACACUCACAA